CUUCAUCCCUAUGAGCAUGUUUUGUUUUCAAAGCAAGAAGUCAUCAUGGGAGAUCUUUUUUCUUUAUUUUGGGAGGUGGAUCCUCCCGCCAUUCCUAUAAGUUUUACCAUUCCAAAUCAAGAUUAUGAAUGCCGGAAGGAUGACUCUUGUGGGGUAAUAGGGAACUUCCUGCUUUGGUAUUUUGUCAUUAUACUGGUCCUGAUGUUCUUCUCUCGGGCUUCUAUCUGGAUGUCUGAGAAGAAAAAGGAUGAAGACAAUGGGACAAGUACUUCACCAAGUAAAGAAAGCAAAGAUAUUUCCAAUAAGCGGCGAGGCAAAGAGGGUGCCUGGGAUUCUUUGCAAAUGAUGAAAAAACCAAAGCAGAGCCAACUUACCCCUGUAACUGACUCAGAAGUGGCUUUGGUCAAUGCCUGUCUUGAACAAAGACGAGCAAGGCGCUAUUCUGAAUUCAGUCAAGUGAAUCGGACCCAACAUGACAGUGAUACAACUGAGUGUGACAGUGAAGAAUCUAACUCUGGAGCCUCCUCAUGGAAGGAGAGUGAAAGUGAACCCCACCCAUCACCAGCCAGUAUUAAGAAGAGAAAAACAACUCAGAGGCAAAGGAAUAUGGGAGGUUACCAAAUCAGGGAAAGGCCCUGCCUCCACUGCAAAGCCAUGAGAACCAAUGAAUGGCUGACUCGCCAUUUCCUUCAAAAUGCUUCAGUAACAAGCUCAAUGAAGGGAGAUGAAAAUUUUGGACCUGAUAUUAAGACAAAAUUCAGUAAAUUCUGAAUUUUAUCAAGUCCUUACCUCACUUGAAGCCAAAUGAAAGAGAUGAAUAAAACAUGAAAAGUCACCAGAGGUCUAGAUGAGGAGGCUUUUACAAUAAAGUCUCUCUACUAACAACAAAAACAUUCUUGGAACCCAAGAGGUAAAAUUUCAGAUAAUUCUUUGUCCAAAAACAGGCCAGCAAAUUUGUUUAUGGCACCACUGAAGCAUCAGAGAUCUGUAUCCACUAUGAUUUUUUUUAUGCAAAAGAGCACAAGACAGAUAUUUUAUGCCUUGAGUGUAUGUAUUUUGUUAAUGUCUGUAAUACAAAUAAGGAAGGUCUUUGAAAAUAUAUUUAUGUUUAGAAA